UUCCCAAGACAAACAAACAUCAGUUCCCACAUAUACAACGACAACGAUCUGAUAGACAUGAACGGAGUUCAUUCAGCAUUGAGAUAUAUCCCCUAUAGAAAAAUUGAAUGUAUUCGUCUAAAUUAGCUGUUGCCUUCACAUGAAAUUUGUUACUCCGACCGUAUGGUGACAUCCGCCUAUAGUUCCGAUCGAUCGAUCUUAAGUGCAGCUAAACAUCCCAUUUACAGGGCAUUAGAAACUUGUAGAAGACUAGUAACCAUUUGGUCUAUAGCCUGGAACUAACAACAACCGCCCGUCGUCUAACUUACAAGACUCAAGUUUUUGGGAAUGGUCUUUCUAAGAAUAAAAUCCGAAUUGACUAUUCGCCAUCGCCCCAGCUAAAUAGUAGGAAUCACGCUGUUCGUGUGGCACUAAGAGGGUUCCGCUUCUGGAUCGUCUACACUAGGCUUUGUACUUCAGGGUGCCAUCGACGUCAUUAGUCUUCACUAACAGGGCUGGGAGAAUUCAAACAUCGCCAUUCUAGUAAAUAGAACAAGAAAUCAUGGAAUAUUCAAGACGACAGAUGGGAAUUGGAGUGGAUUUUUGGCCGCGUAACCUUCUCCAGUCCUACGUAUAUAUACCGAAGGGUUGAGCCAACCUCGUCGACCUGAUAUUUGAAGCUUACUACUGAAUCCACAAAAGUCGCAUUAUGUCUGCAGACGAAGAAGCAAAUCAAAAUGGCUCCACCUCGGGCCAGAACACUAUAGCUUCUAAAUUAACAGAUAUUCUUCCCGUUCCGCCGAAUACCCAACCUGUUAGCGAACCCGAGAAGCGUGAAACUGCGAAUAGCCUCACCGAGGAACCGACACUUUCCCAUGCUUUGGCUACGGACGAUCACGAAGAGAAGGGCUUAGCCCAACAAGAGCAUGAUGAAGAAGUGAUCGAUUUGGGUUGGAAUGAGAAGAAAGAAGAAAUAUCCGGGCCGUUGGUUGGGGGUUUGGGUAACGAAGAUCUAUGGCUAUUGGUGCGAAGAUUUAAUAAGCAAGUAUACCAUGUUAAAGAAGUGCCCACUACUGUACCUGGCGAUCUAGAUCUCAACAUAGCCGAUGAAGAGGAAUUUUCUCCCGACAAAUUGCGAGCGAAUGUUGAGCGACUUUACAUGACUGUCGUCGUCGGGUUGUUAGCUGCUGUCAAACAUAUUGCGCGAUUACGUUCAUGGCGUGAGACUCGUCGGACAGCAAGUUUUUGCGCGGUCUACUUCCUUGCGUGGGCGCUCGAUCUAGUUGUUCCGACACUGACACUAACCUUGAUCACACUCAUUGUCUACCCACGAUCGCGAGAUAUCCUCUUCCCACCGGCGCCUCUUGCAUUGGUCGAUAGCAAAACUGGUGGCAUUCAAAAACCUAAAGCUGGAGUUCUUGGCAGCACCGAGAGUUCAACAGGAGCACCACAAAAUUACAAGGGCGAGGCGGUCGAACAAGAAGCUAGCAAUUUCUUCAAUGGCAUUACGUCAAUCGUGGUUACAAGCGCUACGGGAAAGAAUCCACAAGCUGCACCGUCAACAGAAUCGGGAUCUCCCGAUGAUGCCGUGCCAGAUCCUACUAGUGUGACCGUUGCGGCUGCUGAGGCAAAAGAUGUCGCUGCGGGAGGCAAGGCGAGUCCGAAACAUGACAAGACUAAAGUCCCAGUCGAGACUGCGAUGUGGACAAAAAUGAGACCAAUUAUGCAUGGUGUUGCUGAUGUGUCCGAUACUUGGGAGAGAUUUGCCAAUGCUCUGUCUCCCACACCACCAUUCCCAAGGGACAUCUACAGACUGAGGCUAGCCUCUUUGAUUCUUCCGCUGUUCCUCAUUUCUCUGUUCGUGACAUCUUACAUGUUCAUGAAAGGUGUGACCUUCGGAGUAGGGUUUGGCUUUUUCGGAGAUCCCAUUAUUUCUCGCGGAUUGAAGUGGCUCAACCAUACAUUCCCUAACUGGCAGAAAUUACUCGAGCUUCGCAACACAAUACUCAAGGGUGUACCGACUAAUGCGCAAUUAACACUUACCCUUCUUCGCAUAGGCGAAGCUAAUAAGGCUCCCAUCCCACCACCGCCUUCUACUAGCGAGCCACCACCUGAGAAGCCAACGGAAAUUACAGACAACGAAUUGAGAGCAACGGGUGCCGAACCGCCACUAAACGCUACAGACGAAGAAAUCCAACAGGCCAUGGAACAUGACCCGCGAACUGCACACGAGACUGGUGGCUCGGAUAUUGAUGCCGCAAAGGGGUCUAAGCACGGCAAGAAAGGUAGCAAGAUCAUCGGCUUCUUCAAAGGAACUACGAAAGGCGCAGUGAAGACGGCUAUUGGUACCGAUCACGCUCGAGCGAAAGUGGGAUCUCAUCAUGCUAAGAACCGUCUGGGUGCUGUUCCUCGAUCGGACGAUAGCCGGAUCUCUGGACCGGUUGACUUUCAGGGUCGAUACAAGGGCCAGAAAGGACAUGUCUACAUCACAACGAAGUCCACAAUUCCAGCGGUAUCUUUUAGUACUGACUCGACAAUCGAGAAGAUUGGGUCGGUGGAGCGCGAAGAUUUGCACCCACUUUGGACUAUCGCCAUUAAUGAUAUCGCCGAACUUAAGAAGGUUGGUGGAUAUGGAUGGAAGGCCAAGAUAGUGGUUGGGUGGUCAAUGGGUAGAGAAGUGGCCGACGGAUUAGAAAUUACGGACAGGUUAGGGAACGUACGACGCGUCACUGCGUUACCAAUGAGGGACGAAUUGUUUAACCGUCUUGUGGCUAUAGGAGGACAGAAAUGGGAGGCCUGGUGAGAGGUCCUCGACAAGAAAAUUCAUGGAGUUAUUGUAUGUCUAACAUUGUAGAUUAGUGCGAAGGCUUGUCCAGCCGAUUGACUAGUCUGAUUUCUUUCAUUUCCCUGUCUUUUCCUUUUCGGAAUCAUCGGAUACCUACCUAGGCUAUUAGGUUCCCAAGCUACCUACUCAUUCAAGCCAGUCAGAUAGCGUGUAGGAUAAAUCUACUUGAUCUUACGAAUCUUACGAUGUAUUCAC